CAAAAACUAACAGCGGCAUCGAAUCACUUAACUUUCAAAGGCAAAUCAACAAGAUUCAGCAUCAUCCAGAACUCAAACCCCUUUCUCCUGAAAAUUAAAUAAAGAAAAAGAACCGUUCAGCUUCGUGCUUCUGUUAAUUUUUUAGAUUAGUUUUCGAUGUGUGAAUGUGAAUUUUUCUGAUCUGAUAACGUAAAUGGAACCAUUUUUGUGAUCUCCGUUAUACAAUUAAAGGACUUAUUUUUCUUUCUGCUUCUGUAAUCCUAGCGCCUCCAUGGCUGCACCUUUCUUCUCUACUCCGUUUCAACCUUACGUUUAUCAGAGUCAUCAAGGUGAUGUGAUACCUUUCCAGAUUAUGGGGGGUGAAGCUCAGGUGGUUCAGAUAAUGUUGAAACCACAAGAAAAAAUUGUUGCAAAACCAGGUGCUAUGUGCUUCAUGUCUGGGUCCAUUGAAAUGGAGAAUGUUUUAAUCCCUGAAAAUGAAGUGGGUGUCUGGCAGUGGUUUUUUGGCAAGGCUGUUACUAGUGUAAUCUUCCGUAAUCCUGGUCCAAGUGAUGGAUUUGUUGGAAUUGCUACACCUUCUCUUGCAAGAAUCCUCCCGAUUGACUUGGCGAAGUUUGGAGGAGAGAUUUUAUGCCUGCCAGAUUCAUUCCUUUGCUCUGUCAAUGAUGUGAAGGUCAGCAAUGCAUUAGAUCACAGGGCACGUAAUGUCAUGCCUAAUAUAGAGGGGUUUUUGAGGCAGAAGAUAACUGGACAGGGACUUGCAUUUAUUCUUGCUGGAGGAUCUGUUGCACAGAAAGUUCUUGAGGUGGGUGAGGUAUUAUCUGUUGAUGUGUCUUGCAUUGCUGCCCUUAAUACCACAGUCAAUGUCCAAAUCAAGUACAAUGGGCCAGUGAGACGAGCAGUCUUUGGGGGUGACAAUUUAGUAACAGCCACUCUAACAGGACCAGGCAUCGUCUUUAUCCAAAGUUUGCCCUUUCAACUGUUUUCUCAGCGCAUUGCUAGGGCAGUGACAUCCCCAAACAUGAGAGAGAAUCCAAAGUUCUUUGUGCAGAUUGCGAUUUUCUUUUUCCUGGCAUAUGUUGUGAUUGUAUCUUCAUUAAUCUUGACUGAUGUAUGAACCUUUUUUUCUUCUUUUUCCUUUUCUUUUCUUUAUUAAACCCCACAUUAUAGCCCUUAAUCGAACGGUUUGCUGCGGCUUAUUUAAUUUGAGCAUGGCCAUAUCAAUGGGAACAAAGGGUUUUGAAUUGGUCUUUCA